ACAUUCUCUGUAAAGGUAAACGCUUCACAAUCUCCAGGGUCGCAGUUCUUUGAAGUACCUUGUAUAUCUCUCUUGAGACUGAAGAAAAAUAAGGAUACUCUGAAAAUCUAAAAAAAAAUGUAAAGGGCAAGAUAACUGCAUCUUCUCCUAAAGUCCUGAAGUCUGUUUGCUGAAAACAUUACUGGUCUUUUGAAAAUUUGGGUAAUAAAUCAUGGAUAACUUAUUACGAAUUCCACUCUUUUUGGAGGCUGAUAGCUGUUUUUCUGGGUCAAAGUGGAUGAUGCAGCAGCUGAAUACAAGACUGGCUGAUUUUAUGAAGCACUGCUGUCUUUUGGAAGAGACUAAUAUUGCAUUAGAGAAAAAAAUUGAGGAGAAGUUAAUGAAAAGCGAAGCUGAAUUAUUUCCUACCUGGAAAGAGAAGGAGCAAGAGUGCAGAGAACUGAUGAUUUCUAUAAAUAAAGCAGUUAUGGAAAAGGCUCAAAUCACCUCAGAAAUUGAUUAUUACAACAUGGAACUCACUCAUCUACAACAAAGGAGCAGCAAAGAACUUUGCAUACAGAAAGAGCUUUUAAACAAAUUUCAGCUGCUUAAAACAAAUAAAAUGGAGUUCGAUCAGUGUAUUGCAGAUUUAGAGCUUGUUAUCAAGACCAAAGAGGAAGAAAAGGAUGAUUUAGAAUCAAGUCAUGCACAGGCAGUCCUAGCUGUGCAGCAGUUAAUUCAUCCUAUCGAUAAGAUUCACAUUGCCAAGGUGGAGGAUGGAAAUAGGAUGGAACUGUCCCAGCUGCUCAAUGAAAUUAGGACACACUAUGAAACUCUCAUCAGCAACAAUCAGAUAUACAACGACAUUCCUCACAACAUCCAGUUGGAAGAAGAAGCAAGACACAAAAUGGAGAAAGACAAAGAGGAAUUGAGGGAAGCCAGAGCUUUGCUGACUGAAACCAGACGCCAGUGGAAACACUUCCAGGCUGAAAUUGAGUCUUUGCAAGCACUGGAAAGAAGUUUGAAAUACAACCUGCAUGCUACCAAACUUCAGCACCAGAAGCAACUUGAGAAUUUAUCUGCUGUCAUUGCGGAUUUAGAAAAAGAGCUCAAGGAAGUUAGAAAAGGGGUAAGGACGCAGCUCCAAAAACACACAAAGCUGUUGAACACCAACAUGAAACUGGAACAAGAAAUCUCAGCGUAUCGCAGACUGCUUGAAAAUGAAGAAAACAGGUUAUUUGGGACUUCAAGACAUCAAGCAUCCAAACCAUCUACAAGCAAGAUCAAUUUUAUCUUGCCAAAUGAAUCUGCCUGGGAUUCAGAGGUGGAUGCUGGACAAGAGACAUCCCAGGAUGACAGUGAAACAGUUGAAAGUGGGAUUACUGAAGAGGGAAGCUGGCCAAUCGAAGGCCCAGAAUGUUCAAAUGCAGAAAAAAAUGCUGAAGAUAAUUCUGAAUACAGAACAAACUUGGCAACAUUGAAUGGAAAUAUUGCAAGCGAGAGAGCAGAAGCAAGUGGCACUAUACAACCGGAAAGAGUGCAUGAAAUAAUUAAAGAAUGGGAAGGAUCAUUUUUCAAGGACAACCCUCGACUGAGAAAGAAAUCAGUGUCCUUGCGGUUCGACCUUCACUUAGCAGCUGCUGAUGAAUCAAGUUCUCAUACCAAGCAGGACAAUCUACCCAACAUUGAGGUGCGAUUAAUAAUGAGACGCUCAUGCAGCAUUCCAUCCAUGAGCCCAUGAACUACAUACAACAAAUCCAAAGAUUAAGUAGAGACGACAUGGACUUUAAAUUAACAUAUAAUGGUGCUUACCAGCAAAUCCAUAAGGACAGGUAUUUUGGUUGAAUCCCUUUUUCAGUAAGGGGAGAACAAUAAACCAUAAAUAUUUGCAUAAACAACAGUUUUAUAUGCUAUUAUUAUAUAGUAGAAAUGUUUUACAAACAAAGGAAAAGGUUUCUGCUAAUCUCAAAUUCUCAAUGAGAAGUUUAGACAUAUCCUAGAGAAAAUAAUUAUUCUCUAUGAUAGAAAAUGUCAUACUAUUUUGUUGUCAAGUGGCUUACAAGUUAUUUUAUUGAACUUCUCUAAAGCUUUAUUAUUAGGUAUGUAAGACUACUGCUUUUAGGAUUCUUAUUGACAGGGUCAAUUAUCUGAUCACGUAUACUGUAAAAAUUCCCACCACAUUGUCUUAUAUUUUAUUUGACUGUAAGAUACAGUUGAUGAGAAAUAUUCAUCAGUAUUUAUAGCUUUCAUCUAAGUAUUGUAUUUGCUGCAAAUAGUUGUGUGUGCGUGCCAUGACAUAUGGCAGAACAGGGGCAAAAUAAAUAUUGGCAUCUAGGAAACCUGACUGAUAUAUAUAAUAUCCAUAAUUUCCAUUCCAUACUCUACAUAGAAUGGACCAAAGAAAGGGACACUAAAUUUGUACAUGUAUAUAUAUGUGUGUGUGUGUGUGUGUGUAUGUACUGUGUGUAUGUACUGUUUCCAAUAUACAGGUGGCCCUCGUUUUACAAUGGUUCAAUUUACACCGUUUCAGAAUAACAACCUUUUUUCCAGUCAUGUGCCUGCUAUUGAAAAGCAUUGAGAAGCAUUGCAUUUAUUAAAAUAGCCAGUAGGUGGAGCUGUCCGCUUGUGUUGCAGCAAAGCCAAGCAAGCUGAAAUUAAUCAGUUUAACCAGACCUGAGCUAAUGAGUAGAUUUCAAAGGAACAAGAUCUUCCUGUCUAUAAAUCAGUCCAGGUUGGAAUGCAUAGAAAGAACUGUUUGCAGAACAAUGCAAGUGAAGUCUGUGUUGCGUGAUUAUUUUAUUAGGUUUACAAAGCUGUUUAGCAAAUGUUUUUGUUCAUUUAACUUAGUUUAAUUAUAUAUUCUGUGUUGUGUGAUUAUUUUAUUAGGUUUAUAAUGCUGUUUAGCAUUUAAAAUCUUCAUUUCAAAGCUUUAAAUAAUGUAUUAGGUGUUACUUAUGCCAAUUUUGAGAGGGGCCUGGAACCUAACUCCCUCACUUCCGAUUGACUUACAUUAUAAACUGGGUUUCAAUUUACAACGGUUUCGAUUUACAACCAUUCCUUCUGGAACCUAACCCCGGCGUAAACUGAGGGCUACCUGUAUAGUGAAUGAAAGCACACCUCCAGGACUCUGACACCACUAGAAAUUCAUGAAGUGAGCUUUAUUCUACACAUCAUUAAAAAUAUUGCUUAGGCUGCACUUUGGGUACAAUGCCCUCUUUGCUGUAGUAAUUGCAAAUUGCCUCUAAACCUUUGAUGAACAAUAAAUCUUACUUCAUGAAAUUACA